AUGGCCGUGGGAAUCCUCGAGGUUAAUCUGAUCAGUGGCAAAGGUCUCAAACGAUCUGAUUUUCUUGGCAAAAUAGAUCCUUAUGUUGAGAUCCAAUACAAAGGGCAAACCCGCAAAAGCAGCGUUGAUAAAGAGGGAGGUAGAAAUCCGACAUGGAAUGAUAAACUGACAUGGAGAGCAGAGUUUCCCGGCUCCGGCACCGAUUACAAGCUCACCGUCAAAGUCAUGGAUCAUGAUACUUUCUCCACCGACGAUUUCAUCGGCGAAGCCACGGUGUAUGUGAAAGAGCUAUUGGAAACGGGAGUGGAGAAAGGAAUGGCGGAGCUAAGGCCGACCAAGUACAACGUUGUUGACUCCGAUCGCUCUUUUGUCGGCGAGAUUCUCCUUGGAGUUUCUUACUCUCUUAUUCAAGACAGAGGAAUGGAUGGAGAACACUUUGGUGGAUGGAAGCAUAGCCAAUUUGAUUAG